UGCCUCAACAUGUAUGGCGGAUAAAUUUGGAUACUCCAGAGGAAGCUCAUCAGAAUCUCUCCUUUGGCACUGCGGAUCGCUGGUGGGAGCAGACAGAUCUGACCAAGCUGAUACUCGCCUCAAACAAACUGCAGUGUCUUUCAGAGGAUGUCAAACUUCUGCCUGCGCUCACCGUUCUGGAUGUACAUGAUAAUCAGCUGACAUCUCUUCCUUCUGCUUUAGGACAAUUAGAAAAUCUUCAGAAACUCGAUGUCAGCCACAAUAAACUGAAAAGCAUCCCAGAAGAGCUGCUGCAGUUGUCACAUUUGAAGAGCCUUCUUCUUCAUCACAACGAGCUGAGCCACUUGCCCGAUGGAUUUGGACAGCUUGUCAAUUUAGAAGAAUUAGAUCUGUCCAACAACCAUCUCACAGACAUUCCAACAAGUUUUGCUUUGCUCAUUAACUUAGUGCGACUCAAUUUGGCUUGUAAUCAACUCAAGAACCUGCCUGCAGAUAUCAGUGCAAUGAAAAGCUUAAGACAACUGGAUUGCACUAAAAACUACCUGGAAACUGUACCUUCCAAAUUAGCGACUAUGGCAUCUUUGGAACAACUUUAUCUGAGAAAAAAUAAAUUGCGUUCCUUACCGGAUUUUCCCUCAUGCAAAUUACUGAAGGAAUUACAUGCUGGUGAAAAUCAGAUCGAAAUACUAAAUGCAGAGAAUCUGAAGCAUCUGAAUUCCCUCUCUGUAUUGGAACUUAGAGACAACAAGAUAAAAUCAGUUCCUGAUGAAAUUACUUUGCUUCAGAAGUUGGAGAGACUUGACCUCGCCAACAAUGAUAUCAGUAGAUUGCCUUAUACAUUGGGGAAUCUUCCUCAGUUGAAAUUCCUGGCAUUAGAGGGAAAUCCUUUGAGAACCAUUCGAAGAGACCUUCUGCAAAAAGGCACCCAGGAACUUCUGAAAUACCUAAGAAGCAAAAUCCAAGAUGAUGUAACCAGCCCAAAUGAAGAGCCUCCUGUGACAGCCAUGACUCUUCCAAGCGAGUCAAGGAUUAACAUGCACGCCAUAACCUCACUAAAAUUAUUGGAAUAUAGUGAGAAACAGGCAGCUGUGAUUCCUGAUGACGUGUUUAAUGCAGUCAGAAGCAAUCCUGUUGCCACUGUCAACUUCAGCAAAAAUCAGCUGAAGGAAGUUCCUCCGAGGAUUGUGGAGCUGAAAGACUCAGUCUGUGAUGUCAACCUUGGCUUCAAUAAAAUCUCAUCUAUUUCCUUGGAGCUUUGCAUGCUCCAUAAAUUGACACAUUUGGAUAUCAGAAAUAAUUUUUUGACAUCUUUACCUGAAGAAAUGGAGGCACUGACAAGACUGCAAACAAUAAAUCUUUCUUUUAAUAGGUUUAAAGUAUUUCCCAGCGUCCUUUAUCGCAUCCUAGCACUGGAGACGAUCCUGCUCAGUAACAAUCAGGUUGGGUCUGUAGACCCACUGCAGCUAAAGAAGAUGGAGAACCUUGGAACGCUGGACCUUCAGAACAAUGACCUCCUCCAGGUGCCACCAGAACUUGGGAACUGUGAAACUCUGAGGACACUUCUGUUAGAAGGAAAUCCGUUCCGCACUCCCCGGGCGGCCGUUCUGGCAAAGGGCACAGCCGCAGUGCUGGAGUAUCUGCGGAGCCGAAUCCCUGCUUGA